GGUAACGCGAAACCGUACGUAGUUUUGGUUCUUGUUUCUGGGUUUUUGUUUGUGUAGUAGGUUUUAUCCUUCAUCAUCUUCAACACUGUUCCUUUUUCUUAUCUUAUUUGACUAUUUUGAUUUGAUAAAGUGUGUUGGGGGUUAGGUGGUUCACUCUUUUGGUUUUCUUGGCUUGUGGACGUGGAUGCUUGCUUCAACUGCAAAUUUCUCCUCUUUCGGUGCCUACACGGCUACACCCUCAAUUUCCAUUUCUAUCUAUAUGAAAAUUUAGCAUCUCAUUUAUUGUUUUAUUACCUACUUCCCUCCCUGCUAUUAAAGUUUCAUUUUUUCCCCCAUUUUCCUAUAACCCCAACUCAACACUGUGCUCUGCGAGUUUAUCUUUUACUCCAUAAUUAGAAUUAGAAUAUUGGAUCCAAUCAUUCCUUUGUACUUGUCACGGGUUUUUGAUACCUUCUUCAAUAAUCAAUAGAAAUAAGUGGCUGUGGCAGAGUUGGAAUUCAUAUAUUAUUAUUCCAUUCACCCAAGUUUGCUUCUCUCUGGCCGAAUCAUUGCUUUGGUUUAACUUAUCCUUCAGGAUUGAAUCAUUUCAGUUGUGGAUUUUUUGAGACCAUACAAUACAGUUCCUGGGAUCCUUGAAUUCCGCAAAAGUAGGGGGUGUUCAGUUGAUGAUAGACUUUAUAUGACUGUGAAAUAUAUACUACGCAUAAUUUUGGGAAAAGAUCAUCUUGUGGUUGUUGUUUAAGUAAUUAUUGGUUUAUAUAUAUGAUUUUGGAGCGACUAUGCCUGUGGGUAUGGAUUUUUCUCCUCCAUUUACGAUGUUAGAAGGCGAUUACAACAAAGGCAAUGCGUUCGUGGUUGAAGAUGAGAAAGCAGGAGAAUUGGAUAAUAAUCUAAAACCAAUAACAAAGGGUAAACCUCCACUGCAUGUCUCGAGUUUGAGACACAGCCUUAGCUCCACUAGAUUGGUGGCUGCAGCAGAUUUGAGUUUGGAUGUUGGGGUUACUGAGAGCGAGGCAUCUUCUGAAGACAAGACAGAGUUUCUACCCAUAUUUCGGUCAGGAAGUUGUGCUGAAAUAGGACCUAAACAAUAUAUGGAAGAUGAACACAUAUGUAUAGAUAAUCUUAUUCAGCAUAUGGGUUCAGAAUCAAAUAUUCCUUUACCUGGAGCUUUCUAUGGGGUGUUUGAUGGUCAUGGAGGUACAGACGCAGCUUCAUUUAUUAGAAAUAACAUCCUCAGAUUCAUAGUUGAGGACUCUCACUUUCCAACUUGCGUGGGGAAGGCAAUUACAAGUGCGUUUCUAAGAGCUGAUUAUGCAUUUGCAGAUUCUAGCUCGCUAGAUAUCUCCUCUGGCACCACUGCUUUAACUGCUCUUGUAUUUGGAAGGACUAUGAUAAUUGCCAAUGCUGGGGAUUGUCGAGCUGUGCUGGGGAGGCGAGGUAGAGCAAUUGAGAUGUCAAAAGACCAGAAACCAAGUUGCAUUUCGGAAAAGCUAAGGAUUGAGAGACUUGGUGGAGUGGUAUACGAUGGAUACUUGAAUGGCCAGUUAUCUGUUUCCCGUGCCUUGGGAGACUGGCACAUGAAGGGUCUCAAGGGUUCUGCCUGCCCUUUGAGUGCUGAACCAGAGUUGAAGGAAAUCCACCUGACUGAGGAUGAUGAGUUCUUGAUUAUGGGCUGCGAUGGCCUGUGGGAUGUAAUGAGCAACCAAUGUGCUGUGACCAUGGCAAGGAAAGAAUUGAUGAUACAUAAUGAUCCUCAAAGGUGUUCAAGAGAGCUAGUCAGAGAGGCUCUGAAGCGUAACUCGUGUGAUAAUUUAACAGUUAUAGUGGUAUGUUUCUCCUCAGAUCCUCCUCCUAGGAUAGAGACACCUCCUGCUCGAGUAAGGAGGAGUAUAUCAGCAGAAGGCCUCAAUUUACUUAAGGGUGUAUUGGACUGUUAGUAUUAGUUCAUGAUGAUUGUUUACGUUUAGAAAGGAUGGAUGGAUAUUGUGUGUAUAAAAUUAUUGAUGCGUGUAAGUUGCUGGGGUAUGUUCGUCAUCUGGUGCUGCUCCGAUUUCUUUCAAAUCUAGUUUAUUUG